CCGCAAUCGAUGGUAAGCGUCUUUGAGAUCCAGAGUUGUAUAGUAACAUGCGCCUGACAAGCGGUCUAAUGUCUCUCCAAUAAGUGGUAGCGGGCAACGAUCUUUUACUGUCACUGCAUUAAGACCCCGGUAGUCUACACACAGUCGUAAUUUUCCAUCUUUCUUAGGAACAAAAAGGAUAGGUGCCCCCGCUGGGCUAGUGCUAUGCUGGAUCCAUCCUUUUUGUAGAGCAGUCUCUAAGUAUUCACGGAGCACCUAGAGCUCACGUUCUGACAAGCUGUACAGCGGGCCAUAGGGAGGCUCCUUCCCUUCCAUAAUAGGAAUCUUGUGAUCGGAGCUUUUAAACGAUGGGAGCUCUAAUGCCUUAACCUCGUCAAAAACGUCUGCAAAGUCUUGAAGUGGCUUAGGGAUGCAAGGAACGUGCGCUAUACCUGCGGUGCAGAUGCUAGCAGUGUGCUCCACACGUGUAACCGUUAUUUGUAACACCCCUAGUAAAUAUGGCUCUAUGCUAGCCCGCUCAACGUCUUCUAGAUGCUCUUUAACAGAAACGAGCUGGAUAUCCCCAGCUGUAUACUCCCACCUCCAUGUUUGAGUGCUACAGUUAAGGCUAAUUGCUUCCUUUUUCAAGAAUGGGUUACCUAAAAGAAGAGGUACCCCUUCCUUAUCAACUCCGUAGACUGUAGCACAGGUUCGGCGUUGCACCUGCUAGUCAUCUAAGAGUCGCAACUAGAGCGCAUAAGCGGCGUAGGUGCUUUGACGCUGUGACCCAAUCCAGCCUAACCGUAGGAGAUCCGCCCCCUCUAUUAGUUGCAGUCCCA